AUGACAACUUUUCAAAACAUCACAUCUCCUGUCAUCUUCCUGCUAACUGGUGUUCCUGGGCUGGAAGCCUUCCACACCUGGAUCUCCAUUCCUUUCUGCCUUCUCUAUGCAACUGCUGUCUCAGGGAACAGCCUGAUUCUCUUCGUCAUUAUCACUCAGCCCAGUCUCCAUGAACCCAUGUAUUAUUUCCUCUCCAUGCUGUCCACCACUGACCUCGGGCUGUCCAUAUCCACACUGGCCACCAUGUUGGGUAUAUUCUGGUUCAAUGUCAGGGAGAUCAGCUUCAAUGCCUGCCUGUCCCAGAUGUUCUUCAUUCAACUGUUCACUGUCAUGGAAUCCUCUGUGUUGUUGGCUAUGGCUUUUGAUCGUUUUGUGGCCAUCUCUAAUCCCCUUAGGUAUUUUUCUGUUUUAACUGACAUUAAAAUAGCACAGAUUGGAAUAGCAAUCAUCACCAGGGGGAUACUGAUACUGACUCCCAUGGUAGUGCUUCUUAAAAGAUUGUCCUUCUGCGGCAGCCAUGUUCUCCACCACUCUUACUGCUUCCAUCCUGAUGUGAUGAAGCUGUCUUGCAGCACCAAGAUCAACAGUGCAGUUGGCCUGACUGCUCUCAUCAGCACUGCUGGGAUGGACUCCAUCUUCAUUGUCCUUUCCUAUGUUUUGAUCAUUAGGACUGUCCUCAGCAUCGCCUCCCCAGAGGAGAGGAAGAAGGCCUUCAGCACAUGUAUCUCCCAUAUUGGGGCUGUGGCUGUAUUCUACAUUCCACUGAUUAGUCUGUCCUUUGUUCACAGAUUUGGGAAACGAGCCCCACCCUAUGUGCAUACUCUGAUUGCCAAUGCCUACCUGCUGUUGCCUCCUGUAAUGAACCCCAUCAUCUACAGUGUGAAGACCAAGCAGAUACACAUGGCUGUGUUGAAAGUUAUCCAUUCCAGCAAGACAAAAAUGUAG